AUAUGACAUCACAUCACACGUAGUAUGACUCAACUCUCUUUUUCGGUCUUGCCUCAUCAUGACACUCGUAGUUCUCACUACGAGGGUUAUUGGGGUUGCGUUUCUGCUCUUAAAGGGACUUCAUAUCAAUUUGGGCAACCCCUUUUGGGUCACAUUCAGGGAUUUUGGUUUCUCAAGAAAAAGGACAGUUUGUGGAAUUAAAAUAUUUAACGAAUGGCCACUUGUGGUCCAGUGAAAGGUAAAAGGAUAUAGAAAUAGUUCUAUAUGACUUGUAGGUUUGGUAAUGAAUACAGUGUUUUUACUUGGAAAAUCUCCCCUUCUUACUCUCGGAUCAUAUAUCUGCGCAUAUGUUGUAUUGUAUAAAGUGAGUGAUGGUAAGUUUAAGUCUGAUGGUCCAAAGACAAAGGCCAGGAAACUCCUCUCAACCACACGAUGACCACAGUUUCAGAGAAUGCACUUCCCUUCAAAAGUGGGUAAGCACAGUAGACGGCAGUUUCUGAAAACGAGUGAGAGAGGAGAACAAAAGUAGUGCUUUGUGUGUUUCAGAAUUUCACGUUACUCUCAUUUUGAGUCUUGUGUAAUUCUCCGAUCCUCUGUGGAUAGAUAGAAAGCAGAACGAUAGCUCAUAGCAUAGAUACCAUCUAAAAAGAGUUCAAAGUUAAUUUGUCACAUUUGAAAUAGACAUUAAAACAGUCUCACCUUCACUGUUGUUCUGGAGGUUUUGAUCAUAUCCACAACCUUCCAGGGUUAGCGUUAGGAUUAGCCUCAGUGAAAUGUGUACAGGUUAAAUACACAUUUCACGGAACAUGAACACUCAUCUGUCUGUUUCAUCUUUUUUGUUAUUUCAUGUAAAAAAUGAAUAAAUAAAAAUGGAUAGAUUAACUUUCCUUUCACGGAAAAGUAAAACCAAUUUAAGAGAAUUUAUUUAAUUAAAUGUUUCAAGUAGUGGGGUUAUUUAACAGUUAACUUUGAUAUCCAAACGCCACCUGAAAAUUAUCUUCUUGUAAAUAAUACCUACAGUCACUGUGUCACGACACAAAACUAUUUUAAAAACUUGCAAAUACGCAUUUCAGAACUACAUUCAUGGAUACUGGGAGCAUUCAUAUCAUUUGCUGGAGUGGUUAAAAGGUAAUUUAUAAGUAAAAAGGAGCUGAUAUAUAUAUAGAACAUAAUCUAAGUGUAGAAGAAAGUACCCAUUCUGAAGAACUUCUCUUUUAAACUUUUUCUUGGACUUUUAUUAUCCAGUGAUUUAAUUCUCUGUCCCUUAGCAGCAUUUUAGUAUCAUACUGGUGGGACUACAUUGUCAGGCGGCUACACUGUGUAAUUUAAAUGUUAUUAUUUAAUAUUUUAUGCAAAGAAACUGUAGCUUUAGCCGAUAUUUCUCUAAUAGAUUUGAUAAACAGCGCUAUGGCCAGGCUACCGUGUUACCCUGCCCUGUGGGGACUGGUUGGCAUUGCUCAUUGUUUUCCAAGUUUGAGCAUGAGUGAAAACAAAGCAGACAUAAACCACAACCACCUCCUCCUCAACACGAGGAAAAUAAUAAUAAUAAUAAUAAUGCCACCUCCUCUUCAUUGACGUUAUCAGUCAGUUGGUCAAGAACAUGCGUAAUUAGUCAUGCCUGAAUGGACACCCGGUUGUAUCUGUUGGGGAGAACGUCCGUGGAAUUAAUUACCACAAGUGAAUGAGGCGCUUACUCACCUAAUGACAGUCCACUGACAAUUUACCACCACAGACCACAAUGUUGGUUUGGCCCCUGCUAUGAUUAGUUUACUAUCAGCCGCUCCUUUUUACCAACAGUUGGGUUAUUUUAUUUCUGUUUUUUAUGAUUUAUUCUGCAACCAGGUCUGCAGGAAUCAAUAACUGUGCACCUCACAAGCACAGACUGCUGCAGUGAAUAAAAUGGUACACGUGCACUGCAUCUUUAUAACACUGCACACUUUCUGAGAACAGGCUGCGCAGUGCAUGCGCUUCAAUGUACUGAAAAUUUUGCUUAAAAAAAUAAUUUCCCUUCAUCGUCAUCCAUCCGUGUUGUUUUGAUUUGAUGCAAAUAUGCAAACGCCGUCACUUGACUAUACUUUGAUAUGUUGUGGGUAGGGCGUCGUCAGCUUCCAGGACUGUGGGCUAUAUAUAGUCUGAAAGUAAAGGCACUGGACAUGGAUGCUGAACGAAUCCCAGCUUGUAUAGUUUAUCGAAAGUGCCCCUCAUAGAUGCUUCUUGUCAAUCUGCAACAAUCACAUCGGCAAACUCCUUGUUUAUUUUCCCCUAAUAUAAAAAAGAUCUCAACGAUUACCUCACUAGAAGGUUAUUCAUCAUUGUGGACUUUUUUACACCUUGGUACAUAGGAAAUGCUCUCAUAAAUCGCGCAUUAAUUUUUCCCAGAGCUGGGUAUUUAAGACUAUUAAUCAAAGAGAGAGAGAGAGAGAGAGAUCUUUUGUUUUUCUUUCAACCAUACAAAAAAUUACAUAAUGAUGUAUGCUUUUAGUUUUAGUUAAGGGAAUCCCCCCCAGCUAUUAAGUAUAUAAACCCCAGCAUCAUACGGAGACUGAAACAGUGCUGAUUUACCACGCUCUGACCAAGUUCCCUAUCUGAUCAGCAGUCUUAUGGCAAACAUUCAACUAUAUGUCGCCAGCUGUGUGCUGCUGCUGUCCCUGAGCUGGCGCACAUCCGAAGCUCUCCCGGUGCCCGCACCGAGCCCGGGGACCGGCGGUCAGUGCGCCGACUUCUACAAGAUGCUCCUGCUGAACAUCUCAAAAGCUCUGGACAGCAUUUAUUUGAGUGAUGGUAUCCAAUCGGAAAAAAUUGAGAUGAGGAAUACUGGGGAGACAGUACUGGCCUGUGCACCCACUCUGACUCAGAACUUAGGUUGCGUGACACAAAGAAAUUCUUCCUUCAGUGAGAGUGAAUGUCUGAAGAACAUAAAGAAGGACCUGCUCUACUAUCACGAAGCGAUUGCAUCUUACCUCACAGGUCCUCUCAAAAAUGGUCCAGAGGAAAUUAGACUUCUGAGCCCAAUCGUGGAAAUCACAAAGAAUCUCACAGAGAACUGCUUUCCGCAGCUGGACGUAGAGAACCUGCCCUCAAAGGAUGCCAAAGUGUGGGGCAAUGAGUCCUACAAUAACCGGCUGGAGAUGAAUAAGAUGAUGAAAGGCUUCCACAUCAGAGCCAUCACUAUCAACCGAGCCAUUGGCUACAUCUCCUCGGGAGACCACAGGAAGUAAACGUCCUGCAACCUCUUCGACUUCAGCCUCAUCAAAUAAUAGCACAACAAAUAUCAAAUCUCUAUGAUCACAUCAGAACAAGCUGUCCUAAUUAGUCACUACCAUCUCUUUCAACUAAUGACCAAGUUCUACAAUGUACCUGCUGCACAACUGUCUGCACUGAAGGAAGUUUACUCAGGCAUAAGCUAGCUGGUUCAACUCCAGUAUCUUCAUUCAGUAAGUGCUGAAGAAUGUUCAAAUUAUCGUUACGCUUAGGCGUGAGUUAUAAUGAUUUUAUUUAUUUAUUUAUUGCAUCUAUUUAUUUAUUUGAUCUCCAGUUGUAUUAUUUAUUGUUAUUUAAAUAAAGUAUUUUGUUAUCAAGCAUCAAAGUUGAAGUGAUUUUGAUUGAAACUGUUCACCAUCAGUUAGAAGUUAAGAAAUGCAGUAAAAAAGAGACAUGUAAGACACUUUCGGUUGUUUCCUUCAGUCAAUAGCGCUUCGUUAUUUCAUCUCUUCUGCCAAGGCUACUGCCUGUUUCAAAAUAUACAAAAAGUAAAUGAAGGGAACACCUGAACAAUCUUAACUUUGAUUUUUGUCUCGAGCUCGAAUCCCACCCUUAAAGGACAGAUGAUUUUGUUUUCCACAGUAUUCAGUUCUUCAUGAUCUGAUUUGUCUCCUUUUAUUUGAACAACGUUCUAAUAAUAUUACGUAAAAACUAAUCAGCUGAAACUUGGUGAGACACGAUCAAAAGCAGGAACUAUUCUGUUUUGGUGUGAAUUCGGAUCACUUUCCUUAAAAUGAUGAAACAAACAGUGAUUUCACUUGUUUUAUAAAAAGUCUUUGGAGAUUCUGACAUGAUUUAAAAAG